AUGACUCAGCCGCAGCUGAAUGAGUUCAUUCCUCCUCCGGAGUGCCCCGUUUUUGAGCCCAGCUGGGAGGAAUUUGCCGACCCUUUUGCGUACAUCAACAAAAUACGACCGAUUGCAGAGAAAACUGGCAUCUGCAAGAUUCGACCUCCUCCGGAGUGGCAGCCACCGUUCGCCUGCGAUGUCGACAGACUGAAAUUCACCCCCCGAAUACAACGGCUGAAUGAGCUGGAGGCUCAGACCAGAGUGAAACUCAAUUUCUUGGAUCAGAUAGCAAAAUUCUGGGAGCUACAGGGAUGCACUCUGAAAAUCCCUCACGUGGAACGCAAGAUCUUGGACCUGUACCAACUCAACAAGUUGGUAAACGAAGAGGGAGGCUUCGACGCGGUCUGCAGAGAGCGGCGCUGGACAAAGAUAUCGGUGAAGAUGGGCUUUGCUCCAGGCAAAGCCAUUGGCUCUCAUCUGCGAGCGCAUUACGAGCGGAUCCUCUUCCCUUACAACCUUUUCCAGACUGGAGCCAAUCUGCCCAAGGCCACCUUGACCAAUGACACUAAAGAUAAGGAGUACACCCCUCAUGACCUUCCACAGCGCCAGUCAGUCCAGCCCCAGGAGACCUGCAGCAUCGCUCGCCGUGCUAAACGAAUGAGAUCUGAGAGAGGUUGUUUUAAAGUUGAACCUGGAGAAGACGAUUGUGAAAAUCGUCCCAACCUGAGAAGGAGAAUGGGAACGUACGGUGCCAAACGUCAUCCAAUGAGAAUGUCGGUCACAGAGGUGAAGAAGGAACCCAUUGAGUAUAAAGAUCCAGCAGUUUAUGAAGAAACUGUUUUGAAUGAGUUAAACAAACCUCCAACUAACAAGGUGGACCACUAUAUGUGCCUGGUAUGCGGCAAUGGAACUGCUGAGGACCGCCUGCUGUUGUGUGACGGCUGUGACGACAGCUACCACAUCUUCUGUCUGAUCCCGCCCCUCCACGACGUCCCCAAAGGCGACUGGCGAUGUCCCAGAUGUCUGGCUCAGGAAUGUGGCAAACCUCCUGUAGCGUUUGGUUUUGAGCAGGCCAGCAGGAGCUACACUCUGCAAGCCUUUGGAGACAUGGCCGACUCUUUUAAGUCGGAUUAUUUCAACAUGCCUGUUCAUAUGGUUCCUACUGAGCUGGUGGAGAAGGAGUUCUGGCGUCUUGUCAGCACAAUCGAGGAGGACGUCACCGUGGAGUACGGAGCAGACAUUGCCUCCAAGGAGUUCGGGAGUGGUUUCCCCGUGAAGAAUGGCCAUUUUGAAAUUACUCCAGAAGAUGAGCAUUACCUGAGCAGCGGCUGGAACCUGAACAACAUGCCGGUGCUCGACGGCUCAGUGCUGACUCACAUUACAGCCGACAUCUGUGGGAUGAAGUUGCCCUGGCUCUACGUGGGCAUGUGCUUCUCCUCCUUCUGCUGGCAUAUCGAGGACCACUGGAGCUACUCCAUCAACUAUCUGCACUGGGGGGAGCCGAAGACUUGGUACGGGGCUCCUGGUUACGCUGCGGAGCACCUCGAGUCAGUCAUGAAGAAAUUGGCUCCCGAGCUGUUCGAGUCGCAGCCGGACCUCCUGCACCAGCUGGUGACCAUCAUGAAUCCCAACACGCUGAUGAACAACGGCAUCCCGAUUUUUCGCACCAACCAAUGUGCCGGCGAGUUUGUCAUUACUUUCCCCAGAGCUUACCACAGCGGAUUCAACCAGGGAUUCAACUUUGCUGAAGCAGUGAACUUCUGCACCAUGGACUGGAUGCCCAUUGGCCGAAGCUGCGUGGAUCAUUACCGGGAGCUGAGCAGAUACUGCGUCUUCUCCCACGAUGAGAUGGUUUGUAACAUGGCGUGUAAAGCCGAGCUGAUAGAUGUGGACCUGGCGUCCGUGGUGCAGAAAGAAAUGACCGUCAUGGUCCAAGAAGAAAAGAAACUUCGAGACAAGAUUAGCAAAAUGGGUGUGCUGCAGUCUCGGCAAGUUGAUUACGAGGUGCUCCCAGACGAGGAGCGGCAGUGCUGCAAGUGUCGGACCACCUGUUACCUGUCUGGCAUCACCUGUGUCUGCAGUCCUGGCAAGAUGGUUUGCUUGCACCACCCCCAGGACCUGUGCUCCUGUCCUCAUGGCAACCUGACACUCCACUACAAGUUUACACUGGAUGAGUUGUACCCUAUGAUGGCAGCAGUGAUUCUGCGUGCCGAGUCGUACAAGAACUGGCUCUCUAACGUCGAGGACAUUGUGGAGAACAAAGGAAACAAGAAAAGAGGAUUGGAGGAGCUUCACAGCCUGGUGGAACAAGCAGAAACCAAGGCGUUUCCUCAGGCCAGCCUCCUCGAUCAGCUGCGCAAAAUCACCUCUGAGGCCGAUAAGGUGGCCGUGAUGGCACAGCAGCUUCUCAACGGGAAGAGGCAGACGAGGUAUCGAUCUGGAGGAGGAAAGUCUCAGAGCCAGAACGAACUGACCGUGGAGGAGCUGCGAUCUUUUGUUCAGCAGUUAGACAAGCUGCCGUGUAACAUCCGACAGGCUCCUUUACUGAAGGACCUGUUGAACCGGGUGGAUGACUUCCAGCAGCACAGCGAGCGUCUCCUCUCCGACGAGUCUCCCAGCCCGCUGGAGCUGCAGGACCUGCUGGACGUGAGUCUGGGCCUGGACGUGGAGCUGCCGCAGCUGCCCCUGCUAAGGGAGCGGCUGGAGCAGGCCCGCUGGCUGGAGGCGGUGCAGCAGGCCAGCGGCCGGCCCGAGACUCUGUGCCUGGACACCAUGAGGAGGCUGAUCGACCAGGGCGUCGGCCUGGCUCCGCAUAGCUCUGUGGAGAGGGCCAUGGCUCGGCUGCAGGAGCUGCUGACGGUGUCGGAGCAGUGGGAGGAGCGCGUGCUCGCCCUCAUCGAGGCCAGGCCUUAUCACAGCAUAGAAACGCUUGACAACGCUCUUCAGGAAGUAGGAACCAUCCCUGCUUAUCUGCCCAACUGUCUGCAGCUAAAGGAUGUGGUCACUAAGGCCAAGAAAUGGCUCCACGAGGCCGAAGCACUGCAGCUUGGGGGGAGGAUCCCUGUGCUGGACAGCCUAUCGGAGCUGGUUCUCAGAGCAGAGGGUCUCCCAGUGUGGCUGGAGCCGCUGAGUCGACUGGAGGCCCUCGUCUCUGACGUUCAGAGCUGGAAGGAGAGCGCAGCAAAAACAUUCCUACUGAAGAACUCAUCCUUCUCUCUCUUGGAGGUCCUCUGCCCUCGAUGUGAUGUUGGGUCGGGGCAUCAAAAGGCAAAGUCUAAGAAAGUGAAAGAACCUGCUCAAAUUAGCAAAAAGACUUCAACAAAACUGGACUCUGUGUGUGACGUGGAGAGAGCUCUCUCUGAGAGCAAGGAUUCUGCCUCAGCUAUGACCGCCCUCGCUGAGGUGCGCCAGAGGGAGAUGGAGACAUUACUGGCUCUGCGGGCUUCAAAUGAGUCUAAGCUUCUUUCUGCUGAAAGCUGUAGUGCACUUAGUGUCUGUGUAUGCCAAAAGGCCCCGUCGGGUGCCAUGGUGCAGUGCGAGCUCUGCCGAGAAGUUUUCCACAGCAGCUGCGUCACCACGGCCGCAGACCUCGAGUACGGCCAAGCCUGGCUCUGCCCCCUCUGCCAGCGGUCCAGGAAGCCCCCUCUCGACAAGGUGCUGCCGCUGCUCGCCUCGCUGCAGAGGAUUCGGGUUCGCCUGCCAGAGGGAGAUGCCCUGCGCUUCCUCAUCGAGCGGACGGUCCAGUGGCAGCACAGAGUUCAGCAGGCCUGCACGGACGGCGUGCUGGAGAAAGUUACAGACAAGGGAAGGAUCGGACAAAGACCAUCGUUUCUGACUCAGGAUAAAAACGGUUCAUCUUCUCAUCUAGAGCACCAGUCUAUUCCACCCCAAGGACUCCGUCCUGAGGUGGAAGAAAUGAUGGUGGAGGGCUUCCUGCUGCAGGUGACCCUGCCUGAGACCGAGCAGCUGUACAGAUACCUGCUGUACAAACUGGCCCCUCCACCCGCACACAGCACUCCCAGUGAGACCAGCACAGAGCAGGACCAACACAGAAAGAGCUCGCACCACCACCACCACCACAGCCACCAUCACAGCCACCAUCACCACCACAAGAAUGGAGCGUCCAGCCUGAAAAAGGAGGGAGUGAAUGGCCAGAGCAAGAAGAACAAGCGACGCAAGGAAAGUUCAGACUCUGAGCACAGCAAGAAGGCCAAGAAGAGCCACAAGAAGAAGUCCAAGAAAAGCAAAGAGAGGAGCGAAGAAUCGAAGAGGGCUAGUUCUCCCUCACACACGUCGUCUGACCCCGCCGCCUCCGAUUCAGAAGAGGACUUCUCACUGUGUGCUGCGCCGUGGUGCCGAGAGCCAGAGGGUGACGAGGUAAACUGGGUCCAGUGUGAUGGCAGCUGCAACCAGUGGUUCCACCAGGUCUGUGUCGGACUGUCGGCCGAGCGAGCGGAGAUUGAGGACUAUAUUUGCAUAAGCUGCACACAGCCGGACUACGACAGAGACUGAAGACCAAAAAGUUACAUUGAAGGAUCAGCUGUUUUUUGUUGUUUUUUCGUUUUGUUUUUUUUUUUUCCCCCCCUCUGUAAGCCACAGUGUUAAAGUGCACACCUGAACUCUGUGUGGCCCUGUGGCUUCUCCUUUUCACCUUCUGGCUUCACCCUCAGUGAACACGGUGCUAUCCUUGUUCCCCCCCUCCCCUCCCCUCCUGAAAUGAUUAAACUGUCACUGUUUUGUUUUUGUCACAUGGCUGGACUUUUUUCCAGCCUAUCAAGUAAUUCUUUCGGAAACUUUCCAAGAGUUGAUGCAGAUGUGUUAACACGAACCAACAGCGCAGGGAUUUUUCAACCAAAAAAAUGUCAGUUUGACAUUUUGAGAACUUUUUUUUCUUUUACAUGCAUCUGAACAAUGUGAACUUUAACUUUCUCUUGUAGAGUAAAUAUUAUUUAUCUAAGCAAUAGCUGAACAGAUUAAUUUAGGUUCAGUUAACCUAAACUAUAUUUGUGCGUAGAAACCCUUUGAUAACUUGCCUUCCUAAAGCAAAAACCCAGAAUAAUUUACUUUUACUGUCAAAACAACACUUAAGUACAAAUUUGUGUCCACAUUGAAAGAGAAGUGGAUCGUCGAUCCGAAAUGUGCAUCUGAUGAUUUACCCCAUAUCCGAGGAAAAAGUCACCGCCUGUGAUGCCAAGUUGGUUUCUCGGAAAGGAAAGUCCUGGAUCCCUUGUGUUUCGGCAGUGGGUCUCUUUUAUUUUCAUCAAGAAUGAACUGUCCGACAUUGAAGGAAUGUACAUUUUCUUUUAGGGUUGGAUUUUCCCUUUACGGUUUAGGUUGGAAAAUAGUGUGUUGACUGAAAAUCGACACAGACUGUGUGAUUUAUUUGCCACGGGUAUAUGACGUUUUUCCUGCUCCUUUGGGUAAAUAAUAUAAUUCAUAAUGUUGCAGUUUGCAUUAUAAAAUAAAAUGUUUGUUCUGA